AUGUCGAAGCCAAGGGUGAUAUACUGGUUUCGUACCGAUCUACGAUUGCAUGACAGUCCAGCAUUGAAGGCUGCGCUGGAUUUGAAGCCUGAAGUAUUCUUUCCAAUAUGGUGCUGGGACAGUCACUAUGUCUACCGUGCGAGGGUUGGUGUCAAUCGAUUCCAGUUCUUGAUCGAUUGUCAGAAUGAUCUAUCGAAGAGCAUCACGAAGCUCAACAAGAAGAGCAAAUUGUUUGUAAUGCGUGAGCCUGCCGUCACUUUACUACCAAAGCUGUUCAAACAAUGGAAGGUCACGCAUUUGGUCUUCGAACAAGACACGGAUGCAUAUGCCAAAGAUCGAGAUCAACAAGUCACAAAAAUGGCAGAGGACGCUGGCGUGGAAGUCAUCGUCAAAACUGGACGUACGCUGUGGAACCCUGAUGAGAUUGUGAAAGCCAAUGGCGGCAAGCCAACGAUGAGUAUCGCCCAACUACAAGCAGCAGGAGCCAAGCUUGGAGAGAUCGAGCCCAGCGUUGAUACGCCUACAAGUCUACCUCCUCCGGGCGACAUGAAGCUCAACAUCGAACAGACCCAGCCAAAGUCAGAGCCCGACAUCAACAAGAAGCAUCGAGAUGGGGAGGAAGCUUCGUACAGUGCCGGUAUCGCUGGACCUAACGAUGACUUCGCACCUCCCUCUCUAGAAGAACUAGGAAUGCCAGCAGCCACAUCCCCACACAAAGGUGGCGAAACUGUGAUUCUGGAGCGUUUACACAAGAUCCUCGAAGAUGAAGACUACUGCGGCACCUUCGAGAAACCCAAAACCUCACCCGCAGCCUUUGAACCACAAUCCACGUUCCUGACCAGUCCAUACCUCCACUUCGGCGCUCUCAGCUGUCGCUACGUAAGUCCCGUACUCACAAGUCCAGAAAAUAACGCUGACAUUCCCAUCCAGUUCUACCACAAAGUCCAAUCCAUCAUCGACAAACGCAAAAAAGCCAACAAAACCAUAUCAACACCUCCCGAAUCACUAGCAGGCCAACUCCUCUUCCGCGACAUGUACUUCGCCGCCCAAGCCGCUCUAGGCUACGCCUUCGGCCAAACCUACAACAACCCCAACUGCCGCUUCAUACCCUGGCACCUACCCUCCAAAAUCGACUUGACCACAAAGCUCAUCACCGGCUCCUACGAAGUCGACGACCCCGUCAAAGAGACCGAGUUCAAGCGCUGGAGUAACGGAACUACUGGUUUCCCUUGGAUCGAUGCGAUAAUGCGGCAGCUCAGGCAGGAGGGAUGGAUCCAUCAUCUUGCGAGACACUCUGUAGCGUGUUUCCUGACGAGGGGAGGGGCGUAUAUUAGUUGGGAGCGGGGCGCGGAGGUGUUUGAGGAGUUGUUGAUUGAUCAUGAGGCGGCUUGCAAUAUUGGGAAUUGGCAGUGGUUGAGUUGCACGGCGUUUUAUGCGCAGUUUUAUCGGUGUUAUAGCCCCAUCGCAUUCGGCAAAAAAUGGGACCCCAACGGCGACUACAUCAGGAAGUAUUGCCCAGAGCUGAAAGACUACCCAGCAAAACACAUCUUCGAACCCCACAAAGCGCCCAUAUCCGACCAAAAAGCCGCCGGCGUGCGAAUCGACGGCGACGGAACCGACAAAGAGCAUGAUGGCCUAGCCCUCUACCCCAAACCAAUGUUCGACUUCUCCACGCAACGCGAUAUUUGCCUCCAGGGGAUGAAGAAUGCUUACCACGUGGGUCUCUACGGGAAUAGCCCGAAAAUGCUGGAUGGGACGUGGAAGGAGUUGUUUGAGGAUGAUGCGGAGGGGCCGACGGAGGGGGGCAAAGGGGAGCCUGGGGGGUUGGGGAAGGGUGAGGAUGGUGAUGGUGAUGGGGGUGGAGAGGAUGGUGGGAAGGAAGAGGAGGUGGUGAAGACGCCGAAGAGGGAGGCUGGGGGAAGUGGGAGUGUGAAGAAGAGUCCGAGGGGACAUAAGAGGGAGCAUAGUCAGAGCACGCUUGAUUUUGGGAAGAAGAGUGCGAAGAAGUGA